AUGUUUAGGAGGGAAGUCCUAUCAUUAUAUCGUCGAAUUUUCCGAUUAGCUCGGCAAUGGCAAGCUACGACAGCAGCAGACACUGAGGUAGAGAGACAGUAUAUUCGCGACGAAGCGCGAAAGUUGUUCCGUGGAAAAAAGGACGUGAGUAUUAUAUCUGGAAGAUAUUCAGAUCUCCUUCUAAGAAAGAAACUUAAAUCCCACGCUGGUGAAUUGAGUAAGAAGUUGUUCCAGCUAAUUGUCACACGAAUGCAGAUAAAACCACAGGCUGCCCAGACGUAGUAUGUGUUACUGAAUGAAUAUAUUAAUAUCCACAUGGACAAAUUAAUGCGAUGAGUCGUCGAAACUCCCAUGGACUAAAAUAGUCUAAAAGUCAAAAUAUAACAAAACAAAGCUAAGAUACCUUCAACUGAACGUAUCCUUGUCUUUCCUGGCCGGUUUAAGUGGCAUUUUGUUGAGUUUUGAAAUUGUAGGUACUAUCCACUAAAGAAGAAUUAAAGGCUGGCUACAAAACAAACAGACCAUCUCCACGCGCCUUCACACGAAGCGCUAUAAAUUCGAGAAUAAUCGACGAAUCCGCUCCAAAUAACCAUCGGCUAAUCUGCAGGUAACGUGUGCUCCUGCUUCUGGCUCGCUUGCUCCACAAAACCCAUCACAACUGCACAAUAAUUGCUCGCUCAUCAACAACCACUGUUGACCUUUACGCUUCGAUAUGACCGCAUACGACCAGGUUUAAUACGCGACGUGAAUAUUCAAGCUUAGCGACCGCGUUCGCGCAACAAUGCAGCACUUGCUAUGGGAGGGAUGGUACUAUUGCUUCCAGGUCAAUCAAUCGGGAAAAUAAUAUUGAUGCCCUUGUCAUUUUUUAAAAAGAUCCAAUUUGCCCAAGGAGCACCGAACAGAUACGAAUCUUAUAGCGGAGCUAAAAAAAAUGAGCGGCAGUGGAAAAAGUGAAUAAGAACAUGUACCACAUUUUCUCCAUAAAAAGUGAAAACCAGGAAGUUUUCUGGACGUUUCACGUUGCAGUCAUGCAAAUCAACGGCAAGGAAAUGUACAAGAAAGUGUGCUGCAAUUAGACCUAUUGUUGUUUUUCACAGUUCUGGUCAAGGGCAUCCAACUUUUAAUUUUUCACAUUUCACUCACCGGGUUAGGCUAUUUUUCUUAGAGAGUAAAAUGGAAUCCUAAAAUUUUCGGAUUCAAAAAUGUGAUGAAAGAAGGUAUCUGAAAAAUUAUCUCCUUCGUAAUACGUUAAAUUGCAUCUAAAAUUUUCGGGAAAAUAAUUCUGAAUUCCUCGUAAUUUCGAAAAGACUCAAGUUCCUCUAGAAUGGCCGAACACUGAGAUGCAAAUUUUAUAGCGCCACUUAGAAUGCAUUUCUAUAGAGCUAAAAGUACUUUAUGAAUAGCUACAGAAGUGUUUUCAAUUGAAAGUAUUUGAGGAAACAGUCGUUGGGUGGCCCUGUCUCGUUGCCUUCUCCGCUUAGCAUUACACGAUAUAUUUUAUAUUUAGUAUGAGCAAACUAUAAAUCAUUAGCUUCGCUUUUAGCCCUCCUGACUAAAUUUAUGUAAGCGCUGUUUAGAAUACAUUUUUCGAUCAAAAGUACCCUGGACAGCCUUAAAUGUGUUUUCGAUGCAUUUAGGGGGAAAUCAUCGUUGGGUGCCCCUGAGUUUUGAGAAUAAUAAUAAUAAUAAAAAAAGAUAUCGCGCACAUAAAUUUUACCUUACGAUAUCUUCAGCUGUAUCUUCUAUUCAGCUGCAUAGCGGGGGCCAGAUUUUGCCUUUUUCCUGGGCGGAAAAUUCUCGUCCUCCUUCACCAGUUUGGACAACAUAUUAUGGAGUAAGACGUUGUUAAUCUAAGCAAAUAAGUCUGGUAGAGUCAAGAACCUAUGCAAGCGGCUGGACGAACAAUGUGACAGCAGCUGAGACAGCGAACGUUAGAAGAAUUCGAACAUGAAAACCAGGGCUGCCCUGUUGAAAACUUACGGACGGUCCCGCGAUCGCCUUUUGUUUUCUGGUCAAAACUAACGCAGCGAACCUUCGGUCAGUCGAUUGACCUGGAAGCAAUAGUACCAUCCCUCCCAUAGCAAGUGCUGCAUUGUUGCGCGAACGCGGUCGCUAAGCUUGAAUAUUCACGUCGCGUAUUAAACCUGGUCGUUUGCGGUCAUAUCGAAGCGUAAAGGUCAACAGUGGUUGUUGAUGAGCGAGCAAUUAUUGUGCAGUUGUGAUGGGUUUUGUGGAGCAAGCGAGCCAGAAGCAGGAGCACACGUUACCUGCAGAUUAGCCGAUGGUUAUUUGGAGCGGAUUCGUCGAUUAUUCUCGAAUUUAUAGCGCUUCGUGUGAAGGCGCGUGGAGAUGGUCUGUUUGUUUUGUAGCCAGCCUUUAAUUCUUCUUUAGUGGAUAGUACCUACAAUUUCAAAACUCAACAAAAUGCCACUUAAACCGGCCAGGAAAGACAAGGAUACGUUCAGUUGAAGGUAUCUUAGCUUUGUUUUGUUAUAUUUUGACUUUUAGACUAUUUUAGUCCAUGGGAGUUUCGACGAGUCAUCGCAUUAAUUUGUCCAUGUGGAUAUUAAUAUAUUCAUUCAGUGACACAUACUACGUCUGGGCCGCCUGUGAUAAAACAUGUCAUGACAAAGUCGCAGAGGAGUUAGUUCAGUGCUUUAGGUCGUAUCGAAACGACUUGUACAGAAACAAAUUUGUAUCAAAAUGACUGUUUCUCACCCCAUCCCAGCCUGUUGCCCAUAGUUGACAACCCUUUGUGUUAAUGCCAAGAUCUGUUUUUAAGUUUCAGUUCCGCUCCUAAUCUUCUUACUGUUUUAUAACAUCCUAUAUAUCAUUGUCAUCAUCAUUAUCAAAUCAUUGUCAUCACCGUCAUCAUCAUCAUCAUCAUCAUCAUCUAUUUUGGCGUUGCUUGGCCAAAGAUACUACAGUCCUCCAUGCAGGUUCUAAGUUGCGGCCAUAUCCUUCAACAUAAGCAUUGAUAAUCCCUUCUGUUCAUUUUCUUUCCGUUGGGUUCUUAUUUAUCAGCAACAUUUUAUAGCUAAACCAUGUAUACUGGUGUAGUAGCUAUGCACCUGUUUAUGGGCCUGGCCCCGGUUGUUCAAACGUUGGAUAGCGCUAUCCACUGGAUAAAUCACUAUCCACCAGAUAAGUAUUUGGAAAAACGGAUUGUGUUACUCCACUGGAUAGAGAUUUAUCCGGUGGAUAGCACUAUCCACAUUUUGAACAACUCAGGCCUGGCCUAUAAGCAGUAAUGAUCUGGGUAACUCAACAAAGUCAGUGCAAGCUAGACGAUAUUGCCCAAAUGCACAUUCACUACGUGUAAUAUACAUCUCUGUUAAAAUAUUACAGAUAACUGACCCAGAGGAGAUUAAGAUGCACAUUCAUGAAGCAAAUGCUCGAGUUGAGAUUGGUAUGUGCUGAAAUUUUAAUUAUCAGUAGCUGUAGCGCUACAUACUUAACCCUUAAAAAAGGUGCAAUUGUGAAGAUCACUUUUACAUAAGAUUUAUACUGAAGAAAAUGCUCUCAAGCUGAAUGAAUCCAUGGGCUUCUGAUGGUACCUGGAAGUCAACUCAGCUAUUUAUCUAUUUGCGGUGCCUUUGACUGAGUUAAUUUGACAUAGGGUAUAGAGUUUCUUGACUGAGCUGCUUGUAACUCCAUUAAGUGGCCACCCUCAGGGCACUGGCAAAUGGUCAUUUAAUAAUGGGGGUUUAAAUUCGCUCAAUAGUAGUUCGUCAUAAAUUAGCAUAACAUGAGCAAAAUCUUUGGCAGAAAUAUCACCGUUAUUUUGAAACAAACAUGCGACAGGAGCAGCAUUACUGGUCCACAAUCGCAUAUAUGCCAACAACUCUUCCGGAUAAUCUGGGAGUCUACCAGAUAUAUGGUACUGAUCUUCCGCUCUCCCAUAUGGGUCACCAAGUCUCCUGGAUAAAAAUGGACUUUUGAGCUUUCCUGUGCUUUAGUUUGAAAUUUAGCCCAUUUUGUAUCUCAAAAUCUGGACUUUUUUUAUUUAUAAUUUGUAUGGUUCCUGGGACAUUUUGAAAUAAAUCCAAACUAAAUGUAUCAGGUGCUUGAUGGCUGCUUAAUAGAGGUGACAACAAUUGGAGAACUCUUAUUGGGAUGGCCAAAAGGUGCCCAUGGCCGCUUAGUACAGGUUUAAGUUCCCAUUGUUUUCUAAUAUUUUGGGACUUUGAUCACUGGCCGUUUAAUAGAGGGUGGCCGCUUAAUGGAAGGUGAACUGUAACACUGAACAGUAAUGAUUGUUGAUAUAAUUUUUAUAUUUUCCUGUAGCCCUUCACUAUGGAUCUCCUUACCCAAGACUGGUAAGCCUUUGUGUAAAGAAUGUAUUAAUAUUAUUAUAAAAUUAUGUUAUUAAAAAAUUAUUAACAAAAACCUAUGAAAUGAAAAUUAAUACUUCGUAUUCCAAAAUGGUGGCAAUUAAAGUUAUUCUUCAGUUUUCAUGAUAAUUGCCUCAUUUUAAGGUAUGUUAAAGUUCUUUUAAAUUCUUCAGAUACAAAGGGCUUGUUAACGUAAUACAAAAGAAAAGCAAUACUGUCACCAUUGUGGAAUAAAGCUUACACAGGGUAUGUUUGCUUUCAUUUAAUGUGCAAUUUUUUUUGUUUUUGCCAGAUCCACAUGCCUCCUACAGCAGUCCCCAAAACAAACAGAAAACAAAGAAAAGCUCAAGAACGCCUAAGAAAGCAUGCAAAACCAAUUUACAUGCUCUCUGAUGAGGAUGUUGAUAAGUGA